UAGAACAUUACAGAACGAACUUCAUCUCUUAUCAAAUAUUCAACUUGAUUCAAGAUAACAAUUCGAUCCAAUAUAUCAACACAUGUAAUAAAGUAAACCGUGUAUCUCCAAAAUAAAAUGAUCGCAACUGAGGUAUAUUUCUACGAAAUAUUGUGUUGAAAAUGGCCAUCUCGACGUAAUUUUGUAGGGCUUCUCUUUAUACCUACACCACGGUGAAAUCCAGUCAACGAUCGAUGUGUUUAUUUCAUUGAUGUUUCGUGUUGCAUGUCAUCUAUUGAAAAAAAUCGCUUCAUGUUUAUAUUGAAUGGAAAAUGGCGGACCCUACAAUGCAAACCUUCUGUUGCCACAGAGGAAAUGGGACGGAUGUAUCUCUUACCCUCAUGAAGAAUCUUGACACCAAUGUCUACAACUCAGUCUGCAUUAUUUCGUCUAUGCUUGGAAUUCUUGGAGCCUUGUACCAGAUUCUGCCUAGAAAGCAAUAUGCGAAACACCAUAAAUGGCUAUCAUUUUCUGCACAAAGAGGAAGAAGAAUUACAGUUCUGCUAGCUGUAGCUGAUCUUAUGGCGUCUCUAGGUGUAUUUGUGAGAUCAAUGGUGUGGUUGAAAUUCAACAAUAUAUUACCAGUUGAAGACGACGACUCCAGUGUUAUUUUCUGCACACUCUCAUCAGCUUUGGUUCAAUACUUUUACACGGCUACCUGGAUUUGGACAUUUUGUUAUGCCCUAGACAUGCAGUUCGUUCUGAAGGAUAAAGAAAUCGACUUCAAAUAUUACCACAUGGUGGCAUGGCUUACGCCGUGUUUUACAACUUCGAUGGGACUGUCGGUUUUGUAUAUUCCAGAUGCGAAUUGCCAUAUUUCUAAAUCCAUGUUAACUGUUAUAACAAGAAUAUUACCAAAUUACAUAGUCACAUAUAUACCAAUUGCUAUCAUUAUGAUCUACACACCAUUCUUGUACAACCAAUCUACGAGAGAUAUGGAGAGGAUUAUCACAAGUCUUACUGGCCAAUUCACCGCAAAAGAAAGGAAGAUAAUAGAAGGUGUCAAAAUGAAAUUUUUCCUCAUAAAUUUGGUUUUUUAUGUUUGUUGGAUUCCUAAUUUCAUAAAUGGUAUAUUGCUGUGGUUAUUGUGGUUCGAUGUGCCAAUGACCUUCAUCAGUAUCAUUUGGUACAUCAUGGCUUUCCUGAAUCCGUUGCAAGCUUUCUUCAACUGUAUGGUUUAUAGAAGAUGGAAUAAAGGAUCUGAAAAAAUUAUAACGCCCUGGAGUAGAAGCGGAAGUGUUCAGCGAAAUAAGUUAGAAUUUUCCUCGAAUACUGAAGAAAAUCUGGAUGAGAAAAAUGAAGUACUACCUUUGUUAAAAAAUGUACCAACGACGAGCAUUAAUCAAUUUGUUUGAUUUAGAAUGCACUUUACUCAUAGUGAAUUCGAGUACACUAACGUCGAAUAAGUACAACAAAAUAUAUUUUUUUAUUGUGUUGAGAAAUAUUUGUGAUAUAUUCCGGUAGUCGUGCCAUUUUAUAUAAUUUAUAUUAUAAUCGAUCAUUUUAUAAUAAACUUGUGAAAGAAA